UGUCUCUCACUUUCACGUCUAACAAAAUCCACGUUUGCUUCUUUUCAGAAGAAAUUUAAUCAUCAUUAUAAUCUUUUUUAUUGCGUUUCUUGCUUUUCCCUUCUCCUUCUUCAAUUCAAUUGAGUCCAAUUCCAUUAUUGGGAUUUGAUGCUUUUCGCGGAUUCUGUAAUCUGCCAUGUGGUGUUUUAGAGACCCAUUUUUCUGUUUUAGUUGUUUUACGGUUUGUUUAGCAAGAUUCUGAGGAACCUAUUUGGCUGGUUUUCUUGAAGAUGUCUUGGAUUUUCAAGAAUUGAAGAUUUGGGUGGAUUUUCUUUGCUCAAGAGGUUGGAUUCUGUUUCCUUCUCUUUUGAUAUCAAUCAUUCGUUCGUUCGUUCAUUCAUUCAUUCAUUCAAACUUUGAGACACAGCAUAAAUUCAUUGAUUUUAUUGUCCUAGCCGUACAUAGCAUAUGAGGUUCUUACUCAAUUCUUGAUUCUAAAUUCGACUCCCUUGUGAUCUCUCACUGUUAUCAUCUGAGCCAUUGUUAUUGUUUAUUUCUUUGGUAUUUGUUCAUAUUAGCAAGAAAACCUUGUUCUUGAGAUAGGAAUUAUAAAGAUUAAAAACUUUCACUUUUGUUUAGCCAAGAAAUGGAUAUAAGUAAUGAGGCAAGUGUUGAUCCCUUUUCAAUUGGACCCUCAACAAUCAUUGGUAGGACUAUUGCUUUCAGAGUCUUGUUCUGCAAGUCAUUUGCUCAUUUGAGGCGUCAAAUUUAUCAUGUGCUAGUGUAUUACAUUUAUAGAUUUAGGGAUGUUUCUGCUUCCAUGUUGUCUUGGUUGCAUCCAAGGAAUCCACAAGGGAUAUUAGCCAUGGUGACAAUAAUUGCAUUUCUAUUGAAACGAUACACGAAUGUAAAAUUAAGGGCUGAGAUGGCUUAUCGGAGGAAAUUUUGGAGGAAUAUGAUGAGAACUGCAUUGACAUAUGAAGAAUGGGCCCAUGCUGCUAAGAUGCUUGAUAAAGAGACUCCAAAAAUGAAUGAAUGUGACCUUUAUGAUGAAGAACUAGUGAGAAAUAAGCUUCAGGAGCUUAGACAUCGUCGACAGGAGGGAUCACUUAGAGAUAUUAUCUUUUGUAUGAGAGCUGAUCUCAUAAGAAACCUAGGUAACAUGUGUAACCCAGCCCUUCAUAAGGGUAGGCUUCAAGUGCCCAAGCUCAUAAAGGAAUACAUUGAUGAGGUCUCAACUCAGUUGAGAAUGGUUUGUGAUUCUGAUUCUGAGGAGCUUUCACUUGAAGAAAGGCUUGCUUUUAUGCAUGAAACAAGACAUGCAUUUGGGAGAACUGCUUUGCUCUUGAGUGGGGGUGCUUCCCUUGGAGCCUUUCAUGUGGGUGUGGUAAAAACAUUAGUGGAGCAUAAACUCUUGCCCAGAAUAGUCGCUGGUUCAAGUGUUGGAUCCAUUGUAUGUUCCAUUGUUGCCACCAAAUCAUGGCCAGAGCUGCAAAGCUUUUUUGAGGAUUCUCUGCACUCAUUGCAGUUUUUUGAUCAGAUUGGUGGGCUUUUUACUGUUGUGAAAAGGGUCGCAACACAAGGGGCUGUCCAUGAUAUUCGGCAGUUGCAGUGGAUGUUAAGACAUCUCACAUCUAAUCUUACAUUUCAAGAAGCUUAUGACAUGACAGGUCGAAUUCUUGGGAUCACAGUUUGCUCCCCUAGAAAGCAUGAGCCUCCUAGGUGUCUUAACUACCUCACUUCACCUCAUGUUGUCAUAUGGAGCGCUGUCACUGCUUCUUGUGCCUUCCCUGGUCUUUUUGAAGCUCAGGAAUUGAUGGCAAAGGACAGGAGUGGAGAAAUUGUUCCAUAUCAUCCACCCUUCAAUCUGGAUCCAGAAGAAGGAUCAGGAGAAUCUGCACGUAGGUGGAGGGAUGGUAGCUUGGAGAUUGAUUUACCAAUGAUGCAAUUGAAGGAACUGUUCAACGUCAAUCACUUUAUUGUGAGUCAGGCAAAUCCUCAUAUUGCUCCGUUGUUGAGAAUGAAGGAGUUUGUGAGAGCUUAUGGUGGUAAUUUUGCUGCCAAGCUUGCUCAUCUCACUGAGAUGGAAGUAAAGCAUAGAUGCAAUCAGGUACUGGAACUUGGUUUUCCAUUAGGAGGACUUGCCAAGCUUUUUGCUCAAGAAUGGGAGGGCGAUGUCACUGUUGUUAUGCCUGCCACAGUGUCUCAGUACUUGAAAAUAAUUCAAAAUCCAACUCACAUGGAACUUCAAAAGGCAGCCAACCAAGGGAGAAGAUGCACAUGGGAGAAACUUUCAGCCAUAAAAGCUAACUGUGGCAUUGAGCUUUGUCUUGAUGAAUGCGUUGCAAUCCUCAACCACAUGCGUAGGCUCAAAAGGAGUGCUGAGAGAGCUGCUGCUGCUUCUCAUGGUCUAACCAGUACAGUUGCCAGCACUGUCAAAUUUAGUGCUUCUAGAAGGAUUCCUUCUUGGAACUGCAUUGCUCGAGAGAACUCGACAGGCUCACUUGAAGAAGACCUCCUUGCUGAUGUUGCUUCCACAUUCCAUCAAGGUGUUGGUGGAUCUGGAGCAGCAGGAACUACUGGUAGAAAUAUGCGGACCCACCGUUAUGUGCAUGAUGGAAGUGAUAGUGAAUCAGAAAAUGCUGAUUUAAAUUCCUGGACAAGAUCUGGUGGGCCAUUGAUGAGAACUACUUCUGCAAAUAAAUUUAUCGACUUCGUUCAGAAUCUGGAUGUUGAUACCGAAUUGGCCCGAGGCUUGAUGGUUUACCCUAACUCUCCAGUGGCUCAGAUGGGAAACAGGGAUCCAUACUGUCAGAGCCCUAGGCUGACAACACCGGACAGGAACUCUGAAAGUGAGUAUGAUCAGAGGGAUUGUAGCAAUAGGCCAUCUCUGAAUAGCUCUAGUAUUACAGUCGCUGAAGGUGAUCUUUUGCAACCAGAAAGGACUCAUAACGGGUUUGUGUUGAAUGUUGUAAAGAAGGAAAACCUGGCAAUUUCCAAGAGGACCCCAGACUUAGAAAACUACAACAGUGAAGUUCCGGAAUGUGUUCAGCUUGACUGCCCAGACAGGGAUAUGGAUGCGAGCUCAGCAUCUGAUUAUGCUGGCGACGAUGAUGACGAUGACAAUGAUGAUGAUGUCACUGCACCAAGCUUCUUGAAUGAGAGAGCUCCAAAUCCUACUUCCAAAGCCGAUUCUGGAGUACAGGAUGGACGGCAUCAGCAUUUAGAAGAAAAAUUGUGAGGGUCAUUUUAGUUUUGCAUAAAAUAGUUCGGUGGGGUUGAUUUGCAGGAACAGGAAGCCCUGAUUUCGGGGAUCACUGGUUGUAGACUGACCAGAGAUCAGGAAUCAUUCCUGGGUCACCAUGAUUCCAAGCAUCAUUGAUGAAGACAGUAAAGGGAUGUCCAUAAAACAGAAGAUUUGAAACCGAAAACUGAGGGAAAAUCUCAAAGUUUUGGCUACAGAGCAUGUACAUACCAUGAAAUGUACUCUUCAUACAUAAAUAAUUUAUAUUUGACAUUUUUAAACUCAAAUAAAACUUUUUAAAAUAAAAACAUUUA